CAAUCAACACAUCCAACAUACAAAUUAACAAAAAAUCCAAUCAUUUACAUUCCUCCACAAUCUUCAAUCAUCAAGCCAAAUAUGAAUCAAAUUAUCUUUUCCUUCUCACUCUUUCUACUCAUGUUCUCCUCAUUGUAUUCUCCCAACAUAGCAGCAACAGCGACAGCAACAGCACCAGCACAAGCAGCAUCACCGAAACAUGCCCCGGCACCAAAAGCAGCGUCACCAACAUCGACAAAACCAUUAGUCCCGACAUUACCAGACACCUCAGAUUCCACCCCGGACGACAUAACAAAAAUCCUCAAAAAGGCGAAAACAUUCACAAUCCUAACCCGUCUCCUAAGAACAACACAAAUCGUGGACAACCUAAACUCACAACUCAUAUCAGCAAAAAGCGGCGGAUUAACAAUCUUGGCACCGGAUGACUCAGCUUUCUCGCAUCUCAAAGCAGGGUUCUUCAACUCGCUAAACGAAAACAAAAAAAUCGAACUAUUACAAUUCCACAUUCUUCCACAGUUUGUUGAUAGCAAUAACUUUGAUUCUCUUAGUAACCCUGUUGAGACAGUGGCUGGUAAAGACCCUUUAAAGCUUCCAUUGAACAUCGAAUCGUUUGGUACCAGUGUUAGUCUUUCAACUGGUGUGGUUAAUGCUAGUGUUACUGGUGUAGUCUAUCAAGAUAACAAGCUUGCUAUAUAUCGUUUGGAUAAGGUUUUGCUUCCUCUUGAUUUCUUUGGGACUAAGGCACCUGCUGCUGCUCCUGUUGCGGAAGCAAUAGCACCGAAAGCUGAUAAGACAAAGUCUUCUUCUGAAGAAGAUGAGGAUGAUACAACAACACAGGAUAAAAAAAGUUCUGGAGCAAAUUUACUUGGAAUUCAAGGAACAGCUUAUAUAUCUAUUGGAGUAGCUUUUGUUGCAGUGGCAAUGUUAUGGAGUUGAAGAUCAUCAUACAUCACCCAUUUGGCAGCUGCAUAUGAAUGAUUUCAAACAAUUAACCAUAUUUUAAUUUUUUUUUUCCAGUUCUGUUCUGUUGUUGGUUUGAACCAUGUUCAUUUUAUUCCUUGUAAAAAUGUUUGAAUUUGAAUAUCCAUUGAGUAAUUUGAUUUAAUCUAUAUAUGCAUCAAAUUGAAACAA